AGAGCUCUUGUGUACUGUGAAUGUUCCUUAUAAUAGAAAGAGUUCUGCAGUUUUAUAUAAAUAGCUUAUCAGAGUUCAAACAUAUCAAGACACCAUCCUCCAGAUAUAUAUAUAUAUAUAUAUAUAUAUAUAUUGAAUUUGAGUGCUAUAUAGUACACCGAUACCACAUCUAAAAAAGAAGAUGGAAAACUCUGAUGUGACGGAACCAUUGAUAGAGGUGGAAGGAAAUGAAGUCAUCAGAGGAAAAUGGUGGAACAGAGUGUUAGAUGCAGAAGAGGCCAAACAACAGGUUCUCUUUUCUCUUCCUAUGAUAAUCACCAACGGUUUCUACUAUUUGAUUCCACUUAUUUCCGUCAUGUUCGCCGGCCACCUUGGCCAGCUCCACCUCGCCGGAGCUACUCUUGCUAACUCAUGGGCCACCGUCUCCGGCUAUGCUUUCAUGGUUGGAUUAAGUGGAGCUCUUGAGACUCUAUGUGGGCAAGGAUUUGGAGCAAAGUCAUUCAAACUGCUUGGGAUUCAUCUACAAACGGCUUGUAUCACAUCCACCAUCUUCUCAAUCAUUAUCUCAUUCAUCUGGUUUUUUACAGAACAAUUACUGCUUUUUCUCCGCCAAGAUCCUCAAAUCGCUGAGACCGCAGGACUCUAUACCAAGUUUCUGAUUCCUAGCAUAUUUGCAUAUGGUUAUAUUCAAAAUAUUUUGAGGUUUCUUCAGACACAAUCAGUUGUUAGGCCUUUGAUAUUGUUCUCAUCAAUCCCAUUGGUCUUUCACAUUGGUAUCACAUAUUGUUUGGUGCAUUUAACACCUCUUGGUUUCAAAGGAGCUCCACUAGCAACCUCAGUCACACUCUGGCUAACCUUUUUAAUGUUGGCUGCAUAUGUCAUGUUCUCUAAGGAAUUUAAUCUCACUUGGCAAGGAUUUUCACUUGAAUCCUUCAGUUACAUUCUCACAAACUUGAAACUUGCCAUUCCCUCUGCAGCUAUGGUGUGCUUGGAAUACUGGGCGUUUGAGAUUCUGGUGUUCUUAGCAGGACUGAUGCCAAACUCGGAAGUAACCACUUCACUAAUUGCAAUAUGUGUAAACACAGAAGCCAUAACAUUCAACUUUACGUAUGGCCUUAGUGCUGCAGCCAGCACAAGGGUAUCGAAUGAGUUAGGGGCAGGGCGUCCGGACAGAGCUAAGAGUGCAAUGAUUGUUACCUUGAAACUUUGUGGAGUUCUUUCCUUGAUAUUAAUUUUGGCUUUAGGAUUCGGACACAACAUCUGGGCUGGUUUAUUCAGUGACAGUUCUGAAAUAUUGAAGUUGUUUGCUUCCUUGACUCCUUUGCUUGCAAUAUCCAUAGUAAUUGAUUCUCUCCAGGGUAUUCUAUCAGGUGUGGUAAGAGGAUGCGGUUGGCAGCAAACGGCUGUAUAUGUGAACUUGGGAACAUUUUAUUUCAUUGGCAUGACUAGUGCAGCCAUUCUUGCAUUUAAAUUUAAAUUAUAUGUCAAGGGACUGUGGACUGGUAUGGCAUGUGGUAUGUUGUGCCAAGCAUUCACACUCAUGUUGAUAAUAAUGUGCACACAAUGGACCAAAUUGCAACUGGCUGAAGAGAAACCCAAGAAAGGAGAAUCGAUAUUAGCUUGAGUAAUUGUCAUGCAUUAAGCUGAUAUCGUCCCUUAUAAGAAAUAUUUUUGAUUGUCAAUUCCCUAAUUUUAAAGACAUAAAACAAAUGCAUUUUUUUUUUUACCCAUGAGAUACACUUAGUAUAAGUUUAUGGGAACGAUGAUAGAGAUUAAAUAGUACUUAAGGUGUGAUUAAAAAAAAAAAAACUUGUGUGUGUUUGAAAGUUUGUCCCACAUUACUCAUGUGGUUUUUAUAUUAUAAUUAGUUGCUACCAAACCUUAAGCUUAUUAUAGGGCUUUGCCAAUUGAAUAAAUGUUGUUUUUUUUAUAAACCUCAACUCAAAUAAAUAAAUGUUCACUCAAAAAAAAAAA